AUGUAUGCUAGCGGUACUGAAUCAAAUUUGAAUCCAGAUAUUGAAGUAAUUAGCUCGCCAAAGGGCGCUGGUGGUCGAACACGUGACGAGAUAUGGGUAGAUUUUGAUGAUUAUGGUGAUGCUAAAACAACUGGGCAUAAAAAAUGUAAAUGUAAAUAUUGUAAUACCACAUUUCAAUAUGCAAAAUUACCGAUGAUGUAUCGGCACAUCUCACAUGAAUGUGAACACAUAUCAAGUAUCAAUCCAAAUGGUCUAAAAGAAAUACUUGUCAAGUUAAACAGUAGCACAACUGAUACUAGUAACAGUAAACGCCUGAAAGCCCAUCAUUUAACAUCAACAGCAGCAUCGACAUUGUCUAAAUCAUUGAUAACGACGACACCAAAAUGCGGUAAACAAUUGAACAUGGAUCAAUUCGGCACACGUACUAUUUUACCAAGUGAAAAACAAUCAAUCGAUCAAACAUUAGUUCGAGCAUUUGUUAUGAAUGGAAUGUCAUUUAUGACUAUUGAUAAUAUUUUUUUCAAAGAAUUUUUACUUAAAUCCUAUACAGAUCAAGCUGGACGUUCAUUAUAUGAAUUUAACGCAAUCACUGAAUCUAGAAAAUGUAUCGUUCUAGCAUUAAAAGAUCUUAGUUCACACUCUCAUACAGCGAUAUUUCUGCAUGAUGAAUUAGAAAGUGUACUAAAAAAAGUAUCAGUAAAUUGUGAUGUUAAUUCAAAAGUUCGAGCCAUUGUCACUGAUAAUCCAAAUGUUAUGAAGCCUAAUGUUAUUAAACAUUCAUAUGCGACCAGAAUAUUAUCUCGAUUAUCAAUCGUCACGACAUAUUUUAAUCAGUCACACCAGUCAAAAACACAGUUGAAAUUUGAAGCCAAACGAAUGAAGGCCAAAAAGGAAACAUUAGAUAUGGUCGCUGAUACUCGUUGGACUACUGUUCCGGAUAGUCUACAUUCGUUUUUAUUGUUACGAAUUCCAUUAUUAACAAUCGUAACUGAAAAUGAUGAGCGGCUACCACAAAAAGUUAAAACAGUUGUUAAUGCAAGAAAUUUUUUUUAUGAAAUAGAAAAUUACACAGAUUUAAAGAAAACAUAUUCAAAACUGAUUGGUAUCUAUACAAGCUAUGAUUCUCUGUUUCAAAUGUUAGAAAAACAAAUUCGUUCAUUAUUGGGACAUUUAUCAAUAUUUAAACUAUUUAAUGAAAAUAAUAAAUCAUUUCGAGAUUUGGAGCAAGAUGGUAUCGAUUAUGCAUGGUAUCAACUUUUACGUGAUGCACUCAUAAUGCUUGGAUUAUCUUAUAUGAUUAGGAAACGUUUUAAUGAAGCUUUGAAAUAUUAUAAUAAAUUAUUAGAAAUGCAAGAACAACAUAAAGAUUUAUUUGAAAUUGACGAUAAUGAUCGUAUGGAUAAUGUACGGAUGAAUGCCAAUAUUGGAUAA